GCCGCAACAAGACGUGUUUUUUUCCGCUGUCUGCGCAACAAUUCGCUUCUUGGACUCGCUCGCUCGGCCAGACUCACUUCAGUUUGUCUGAGAAGGCGAUCUACGAAGUAUUGAAAUGAAGUUUUCGGCGACCAUCGUAGCCGCCAUUAUAGGAGUCCUCUGUUCCUGUGCAGAGGGUACUAGCUGUCGUCGACCGAGGAGUUUACGGAAAGGACGUUACGAAUAUCAGCACAGUACAGGCUAUGGAUUGACACAUUUCCCUGUGAAUUACAUGGUGCGCGCAGUGUGUGAGCCUGACGCAGCGCUUGUAGGAGAUGAAUUCAUCAUCUGCCAGGACAAUGGACAAUGGAGCGAUUACCCGUAUUGCCAUGGACCUCCAUCAUGCCCUGACCCAAACAAACCGUUCGGAAUGCUAGCCUUGGUUCUUGAUAACAACUCUGGAAUCAAACGUGGUGAUCUCUACACCGAACGCACAGUGUUCAACUAUACCUGCCAAACAGGAUAUCAUCCAACCGGGGACGUCACAAUUACGUGUCAGAAUGGCACAUGGGAAGCGGAUGCGGAUGUCCCAGAAUGCAACAUGAUCACCUGUGCCCCACCCACCCUGGAGCCCUUACAGAAUGGUUCACAUAACAUUGAGAACAGGACCUACCAUGUUGGAGAAAUGGUGCAAUAUGAAUGUAACGACGGGUAUCACGUCGAUGGAAUAGGCUGGCAAGUAUGUCAGAGUCACGGUGGACCCAAUGGGAUAUGGUCCGAUAGCGUUCCAAGCUGCAAAGUCGCAAGGUGUCCCAACCCUGGUUCCCGUCACCUUGACAACGGCCGGAUUUCUUUCUCGCCGAGAAACGGACGAGGCGCCACGAAUUUUUGGCCCGUAGGAACGAUGAUGACCCUCAGGUGUCCGUCACAUCUAGAGCUGAUGGGGUCAAGUGAGAGGGUGUGUCAGCCUGAUGGUCACUGGAAUGGUAGCCUGACGUCAUGCCACAGUGAAGAGUACGACUGUCCCGCAUUGGGGAAUCCCAUACACGGCUCUAAAGUCAGCUCUCCGCAGUACAGAGUAAACACCAAGGUCAAUUUUCGAUGCAACCAUGGUUAUGAGAUGGUUGGUUCCGAAGAGAGGAUAUGUACGUUUUCUGGAGAGUGGACAGGAGAGAUGCCAAGAUGCAUGGGUCGUGAUGAGUUCGACGAACUUUCUCGAGUGAUAAAUGGGCUAGGGAAGACCUUCGACGAAAUCGUCAUCGACGGCGGCUCUUGGGUGGGUCAAAAUGACACGAGCUCGAACUCAGGUGUGCGAAGAAAACGUACAAUUAAUCUCUCUUCUGGAAUGGAUAUCUAUUUUGCGUUUGAUGCGUCGAGGAGUGUUGGAAUUGAAAACUUCAAGAUAGGCAAGAAAUUUGCCAAGCUUCUAGUGCGAAAGCUUCAAGUGACUUCCUCGCCUGGUGGAACGCGUGUCGGGGCAGUCUCCUACUCGUCUCAAGCAAGCAGAUUGUUCAAUGUCAACGAUUAUUCGUCUUCAGAAGCUGUAGUUAAUGCCAUCGAGGGGCUUGUCAAUUACAAAAAUAAAGGAACGAAUUUGCCCGCUGCUCUCAAUGAAAUCAAGGAAAUGAUUACCGGCGAAACCCUGGAACCAUAUGGGAACAGUAGCAGGAAACGAAUUAUAUUUAUCAUAACAGACGGUUUCAGUAACGUUGGUGGCGACCCAUCUGAACGCGCUCAACCACUAAAAGAAGAUUUGGCCGUCAAGAUACACUGCAUAGGAAUUAGCCAGAACAUUAAUAAGCAAGCACUUGCCGAAAUCGCCUCUCUGCCUGUCAGCGAACAUAUAUUUCUUCUCUCGGGUUAUCCGGCGCUGGAACGCGCCGUGGAAGCCAUUACCUGUACAAAGAGAUCUUACGAGGAAUGUGGAGAGUCAAAACACCUGUCGGGGACGUCUCGCAUUGUUGGUGGUAAUAGAGCCGGUUCAGGGGAUUGGCCGUGGCAGGCAGCCCUUUACGAUAAAGACACAGACGAAGUUGUUUGCGGGGGCUCUCUCAUUCACAAGAACUGGAUCUUGACUGCAGCAACAUGUUUUAUUGGAGAUUGGAGAUAUAGUGAUCGCGGACUGAGCCAGAAUGGAACAACUGUUUAUCUUGGACUGACACAUAGAGUGAAGGAUAUGCAAAGGGCCCAGGAGUUCGAUGUGAUCGAAUUGAUUACGCACCCGGACUACUUCAAGAACCCCGACGGAGGAGAGCACAAUGACAUCGCCCUCUUGCGUUUGGAUCGUGAAGCAGAGCUGAGUCCAUUCGUACGUACUGUCUGCCUUCCACCAAAUGACCCCCCAAAAGCUAAUUGGUACGUGAAUCCUAAAAGGACGGCUUUCGUCACAGGUUGGGGUUAUACCAGCUUCAACGGAUAUAACUCGCCUGCUCUCAUGGAAAUCAUGAUACCACCGGUUCUAGAUAGUUCGUGUAGCAGAGAGAUGAUCAUGCAUGAGGUAGCUGUGAACACGACUACUGAAUUUUGUGCGGGAUCUGGGAACGGGAGGGAUUCAUGCCAAGGCGAUUCAGGUAGCCCCAUGGUCGUGCAACGGCGAGGAAAAUACAAGCAGAUCGGGAUCGUGAGCUACGGGGUCGGAUGUGGUAAUACAUACGGUGUCUUCACCAAAGUACCACACUAUGUUGACUGGAUCGAGGGAAUCAUCAAUGAGUAGAAAAUACAAACAUUUAUCGUGAUCUACCCCCCCCCCCCCUAAAAAAA